AUGUACCCUUCCGCACCCACUGCCGAGGAUAGGCGUGAGAGUCUACAGAGUCGUCUGAGGGCUAGCCUUGGACCUCCACCUCUGGAUAUGGAGUCAGCUGUUGUCGAUGAUGACGAUACUGCCGACAACGACAACGGCACCCGUACCCGUACCAGCAGUUCCAAUUCCAAUGGCAAUUCCACUUCCGAUACAACGUCCAACACAAGUGUCACUGCUUCUCUCUCGCCUCUUGUGUCUCCUAGGCCAGAGCUUGGUGUUGUCCAUGAUUAUGACCAUGCUCUCUCGUUGCUCGAAACUGACGAUGACAGGACUGCCCAAAUCGCAGCCAACGCCCCCCGCUACCGCCGGAAGAGCUCAACUUUCAUAGAUGCCAUCCAUGACACUCCUGAGGAGCAGGACAGGGCCCCGGCCCAGCUUUACAGCACUAUGUCCGGCCGUCUUUUCCACUCUGGCCGCAUUGCAAUUGUGAUGGUCGGCCUUCCGGCUCGUGGAAAAACCCACAUCUGUGUCUCGCUAUCGAGAUACCUCCAAUGGCUCGGUGUUAAGACCCGCAUAUUCCACCUCGGCGAUUACCGGAGGGCAACUGUGGGUAAUCACGGCGCCGUGCCCGAAGACUAUUUCUUCCCAAAUGCGUCGCCUGCAUCUGUCAUCCUCCGCCAAAAGAUCCUGAAAAAGUGCCGUGAAGACAUUUACGCCUGGCUCAACCACGAAAACGGCCAAGUCGCCAUCUAUGAUGCCGUGAACCCAACUGCCGCUGGAAGGCGGUCUCUCGCCAAGGAGUUUUCUAGGCAUGACGUUCAGACGCUUUUCAUCGAAUCUUUCGUAGAUGACGAGCGUAUAUUGAAUGAGAAUGCCCGAAAUGUCAAAAUAUCAUCGCCAGAUUUCGAGGGCAUGAACCCCGAUGAGGCAGCCCGGCUCUAUCUGAAGAGAAUCGAGGCAAAAAUCCCCGUUUUCGAGACUAUGAACGAGACCGAGCUCAAUUUCAUUAAGAUGAUAAACGCCGGCCAAAAGUUCUUUUACAACAACGUCAGCUUCAACUAUCUUUCUCACCGCAUCGUCUUUUACCUCACCAACUUGCACAUCAAGUCCCGGGCGACAUACUUCGUCCGAGCCGGUGUGACCACUGAAGAGGACUCGUACAAAGCCGACGCGCCUCUAUCGGAAGAAGGGUUCGCUUAUGCGAGACGCAUGUCUGAGACCCUUCUGAAGCACAGAGAAGAAAAGCGCAAGAAGGUCAUUGAUGAGGGCGGAGCCGAUAUUCCGCUCAAGCCGCUGACCGUUUGGACAUCGACAAGGCUGAGAACAAUCCAGACGGCCGAGUACCUCAAGGGCAAGGGCUACAAGGUACGGCAGCGAUCGCAGAUGAGUCAGAUCAAUCCGGGAGUGUGCGAGCGUCUUACCGAACGAACGAUUCGUCGACGAUACCCCGACGAAAUUGAAAAGCAUGAAAGGGAUCCGUACCAUCAUCGGUACCCCAGGGCUGAGUCCUACCAUGACCUUGCUGUGCGGCUAGAACCAAUUAUUCUAGAGCUUGAACGUGAGCAGAAUGACCUCUUGAUCAUCGCUCAUGAGUCAGUUCUAAGAGUUCUUUAUGCCUACUUGAUGCAUUGCUCUACGAUGGACAUUCCGUUCCUCAAAUUCCCUCGCGACGAGAUUAUCGAAAUCAUCCCCGCAGCCUACCAAAACGAGUCGAACCGUAUUCAUAUCCCGGGUAUCGAUCCCAGAAUUGUCCCUGGUUCUCCACAGGAUAUCCGCAUCCCCGUUCCCCCGGGUGUCGGAAGCGGACAGAUGAGCCCAAUUCCGGGACUUUCGUCUCCCGCUGAACCGGCCGACAAGAUUUUGGAGAAGUUUUCGUUUGACAAGCAUAAGUUUGAGAAGAAUAAGCCUCUUCAGACUCCACCUUCGGAAAAGCCCCCUUUCAAACUGAUGGAGACAGUGGCGGAUAAGAUUCACGACGAUGACUAG